CUUCCUCAUCCUUCUCAGAAUCAGUCUUCAAUACAUAAAUUUCCCUUCAGCAACAAUGGGUUCCAAGACACUUCUUUUCUUUUUCAUUUCCAUGGCUGUAGUUCUAAUGAUUACCUCAGAGGUGGCUGCCAAGUCAGUUGACAAUUCCAAGACAGUUGAGACAAAUGAGGAAGGAGAAGCCAAGUACCAUGGAGGUGGCUACGGAGGUGGCCAUGGAGGAGGCUACGGAGGAGGCCACGGAGGGUACGGGGGUGGCGGCCAUGGUGGUUAUGGGCAUGGAGGGUACGGGGGUGGCGGCCAUGGUGGACAUCCUGGUGAGGCUGCAGAUGCUGAGCCUCAGAACUAAUAAAGCCAGCUUCUAGCUAGGUCAUGAUUAAUCAUGAAUGCUUAAACAGGCUUACUAUAAUAGUAUGUACUUUGUAACGUGAAAUACAAAUAAGAGCUGGAUCAGUGAUCAUGUAAUAUGCAUUCCAUGUAUUUGCUAGUUCCAUUUAAGUAUAUGAGUGUGUGAUUUUGUGUG